CAAAAAGAGAAACACACCUGACGCACAAAAGAGCUGCGUGUCCGGUUUUUGUUCAGGUGAAAAAAACGUCGACGAUAUGGCGUCCGACGCGUCCAUGUUCGUGAAGACGGUUCUGGCUCUUAAUGACUCGUAUAAAACCGAGGACACCAGUUUGGCUUUACCUUCUGAGGACAGGUUAGCUCGCUCUGCUGGCGCUGACGAGGCGCAACGGAGGAGUCGAGUGGAGCAACAAGUGCAGCAGCUCACUCUGUCUCGGAAAGCAAAACGGUCCAUGAUGAAAGGUAGUGUAUCCAGCAUCCAGUUAGCCAGUACAACACCUUCCAGAAAUGGGCCUAUGAAGGCUUUCCAGAAUUUUGACCGCAGUGGCACUCCAGGACCAAGCAGACAGCUGGUUAAGAUGAACCAGCCUCAUUGGGCAAGUCUGAGGUUUCCCCAGGCUAAUAGAGGAGAGUACAGGAAUGUUAGAUACGACUCAUUAGGAAACAGCUUUAUCUGGAGAUCUGCGGGUUUUACUCUCCCGGCGCUGCGAUCCGUGUCUUCGGCCGAACGUCUCCAGAGAACCUUCCCUCUGCAUGCCUCCGCCUAUUCCGAGAUGCUCCAAAACAACUGGCCGCUUGCUUCAGGCUGCGCCCCUAAGCUUCAGCUUCCUAACAAGCCUGUCUACGAGGACUAUCUGGAUGAUGUCUUUCUGCCUGACAGCUCACACUUCACCCCAUUCAGAGCAGAGCAUCAGAGAAUGUUUUCGGAGAAACAGACUCUUCUGAGAGCAUCCAGUCAGCUCGGAGAUGCAGCGUGGGAGAUGACGAACAUGCCCCUGGUGGUUCAGGACAUCAGGCAGACACCGGAGACAGCCUUGAGAAGACAACCUUCAUUGGUCAAGACACACACAAGAAAGACGGCAGCGAUCCAACAGGAAGAAGCAACAGCUGACACACUAAAUAAGGGAAACCAAAGUACACCGACCACAAUGAAGAUGGCUGUAAAUCUCCUCGCAGAUAACGACCCGGAAAUUCAGAUCACUGCUGCAAACUUCAUACAGAACCAGUGUUUCAGCAGCGCGGAUGCUAAGAAAAGGCUGGCUAUGCUUCAUGGGAUCCCAAAGCUUUUGAAGCUCCUUGACUCGGGCAGUGAUGAGGUGCAGCAAGCUACAGCCGGUGCAUUGAGAAACGCCAUCUACGAGAACAACGAGAACAAGAUGGAGGUGAAGGACCAGGAUGGUGUCACUGUGAUCCUGCAUCUGCUCAAGACAAACCGCGACACUGAAACCCGGCGGCAGCUCACAGGGUUGCUAUGGAACUUGUCCUCUCAUGACAUGUUGAAGGAGCAGCUUGGAAGCGAAGCUGUAAAACCCCUCACUGACUCUGUCCUCGUGCCAUGCUCGGGUAUCACCGAGGGUGAAGAUCCAAAACUGGAGCUACUGGCAGAUCCUGAGGUCUUCCUUAAUGCUACAGGCUGCCUGAGAAACACGAGUUCAUCAGGACCGAACGCACGCAAGUCCAUGAGGGACUGCGACAGCCUUAUUGACUGCCUUGUUUAUUACAUCCGCGGAACCAUUGCAGAUUAUAAACCCGACGAUCAGGCCUUAGAGAAUUGUGUGUGCAUCUUACAUAACCUUACCUAUCAGUACGAGUGUGAGGUUCCUGAAACAGUCAGGCCACUGGUGCACGAGUCCAGACAGACAGCUGUUGAUGAGACCCAGAGACCUGGCUGCUUGGUCAGGAGAAACACCAAACUCUCCCACGCAGAUGACUGCUCGGAAUCCGAAUGCCCUCUGCUGGAGGAGAAGUGUAACCCGCACGGCAUGGAGUGGCUGUGGAACAGCAUCACCAUCCGCAUGUACCUGUCUCUUCUUGCUAUCAGCAACCGGCAUCUCACACAGGAAGCAGCUUUAGGAGCCAUGCAGAACUUGACAGCUGGAAACGGAGGGAUUUCCAAGGUUAUGGCGCUCACCAUUGUGCAGAGAGAAGGAGGCCUACUGCAAGUGAAGAAGGUGCUGCAAGAAGGGGAGGCUGACGUGAAGAGAGCCGCCGUGUGUCUGCUCAAAAACAUGUCCCGUUACAAGGAGCUGCAUUCAGACAUCAUUAAACAGGUGCUGCCAGAGCUGAUUGCCAUGCUUCACGCCUCAGACACCAAUACAGUUCAGCCCGAUGAGACCACCUCUAUCUGUCAGAUUCUCAACAACCUGAGCCAGCCGUCCGUACAGAACGCUCGUGACGUCCUCAACAGUGGCAGCCUUCCCAGGAUCAUCAAGAUCAGCAGCAAAGAGAGGCAUGGAACCACGAAGGCUGGUCAGGCUGCUAGUGUUCUGCUGCACACUCUGUGGAGACACUCUGAACUUCAUGGUAGCUACAAGAAGGCUGGUUACAGGAAGACAGAUUUCAUCAACAACCGGACUGUGAAGGCAGUGAAUUCAGCUCGUAACUGACCUCAAGUGGAAAAAUGGAAAACUACACUACACACAAGGACGAUUUACGACAUUCAACACUGAAGCGCACUUACAUUUUUUUCUGAAACGUCACUCUAACAUGUAUAUGUAUAUUGAAUUCAGACAACUUUUUGUAGAGACGUCAAACACUUGUGUGGACCGUGAUCCUAAAAACACCACAAUUUAAUAAGACAGUUCCAUUUGCAUUUACGGCAUUUGGCAGACACCCUCAUCCAGAGCGACGUACAAAAUAUAUUCAUUGUUAGAGCCUUCAAUGAGGAGUGAUAAGGGCUUUGAGGUAAGAGAGAGCUGGUCCAUUUUUGGCUUUGUUUUCAAGAAUCACUGUUUUGAAUCUGAUGCAUGCAGCUACCAGAAGCCAGUGGUGGGAGCGCAGUGGGGUGGUGUGUGAGAACUUAGGGGGGUUAAAGAAAAAUUGUACAGCUGUGUUUUCUGAUCAUUUGCACAGGACGAAUUACGUUCAUAGGUAGACCUGCCAGCGGUGUCUUGCAGUAGUCCAGUCUUGAAAUUACAAGAAACUGAAGUACGUGAGCAGCCUGUGUGGACAACAAAACUUGCUGUGUUAUAGGCAUCACAGAUAAUCCAACAGAUUGUUAAAAUAAUUUAAACGAUUUAAAACCUUUACAGUAUGCACACGAUUAAACUGGGAAUAAACUCAUGUAGUUCAUCCCGGAAACGAUCAGUGUACAUUGCGUUUUUUCGUUUUUAUUUCUGAAAUGGGAUUAUAAAAGGAAACAAGGUUUAACAAAUUAUUUGUUGGAUUAAAACAUGUGAAAAACGCUUGUGUUUCUCCUGCAUGGUUUUUGAUAUUUCGUAUCAGCAGUAAAAAGAUUAAAGGUGGACAAGAUUAAAGGUGAUUAGAUUAGAUUAAAGGUGGACAAGAUUAAAGAUGAAUUAAAUAUGGCCUCAUAAGCUGUACAUUAUAUAAUCCUAUGUGAUUUCUACAAAACAGUAGGAUGGUAGCUAUAAAAAAACAGCAACUUUUACCGGGUGUCACAAUUGAAGUUAUAUUUCUGCAUAUGCUGAUUCCAUUUUUAUUAUAUUUUUAUUUUCUGAAUUAUUUUCUAUUUUAAUGGGAGAAAAAAAUAUUAUAUAAAAAUGCUGAUUGGUUAAGAUGUUGAACUACUGAACAGAAGGUUGUGAGUUUAAAUCCCAGGACCACCAGGCUGCCACUGAUGGGGGCCUUGAGUAAAGCUUUAACCCUCAACUGCUCCAUUGUAAUAAUUGACACAAAUAUAAGUAGCUCUGGAUAAGGCCGUCUGCCACGUGCCCUAAAUCUAAUUGGUUGCUUGCGUUCCCAUUUUAUUUUAAAACAAAAACAAAUGAACGUAGUCUACACCGAGUUAGAAAUUCAAAUUUACCCAUUCAAUAGGAACCGAAUCUAUAAGAUUGUAAAAAAAUCUGUCUCAAUUAAAUAAACAAAAAUACAUUUA